CUGCUCCCGUGCAAUUACAUAUAUAUACAUAUGUAUAUAUUGGAAUCGAUAUUCAUUACUAUUAUGCAUGCAUAAAUAAUAAAUAAACCGCAUAAAAUAUUUUAUAUUUUAUAGUUCUAAAUAGGCGCCACUAAAUUUAUAUUGAAAAUUGAGAACAUUAGUAUAAAAAUAUCAUAAUACAAGGAGAUGAUAGGAAUAAAAUUUCAUGGUACAGCGUUGGUAUAGAAUUAAUAGAUAGACAGAAUUUAAAUUUGAAUAGCAGAAAAAAAUAGUACAGCAAGUUAAAGACAAAAGUUUGUUAAAUAUUUAACGUGUAAAAGAGAAUAAAAUCACAUUAAAUAUUAUGGUAGCCCAUGUUAUGUGUUUAACCUCUACCGGAGGAAUUCCUUUGUUUUCUCGCCAAAAAGGGGAGGGAGAUACGAUGACAUUUUCCAAAAUAGCAUCUCUAUAUGGGAUACACAUGUUUCUCAAGUCACAAAACAUUAAACUUUUAAACACAAAUUUACCCGACACCACGAUAAUGUGGAAAGAGUUUGAACAAAGUAUUACGUUAAUAGUUAUUGCAAGUGGGACUACCAAAUCUGUAUUAGAUAAAUUUCUAAAUGCAGUCUUUGGCGCAAUGAUUCUGUUUGUUGGUAUGGAGGAAUUAAAAAGCACGAAAAACAUUGAGAAGUUGAAGAAAGAUAUGCGCUUAUGUAGUUCAAUUGUUGAUAGUUUAUUGCAAUGUCUUGAUGUUGGUGAUGGUAUUUGUUCAAAAACUGAUAUUAUCAAUAUGACAGAAUGUAUAAUGUGUCAAGAAAAUAGUUUAUUUCAGACAUGCUUAGAGGGUUAUAUGGAAUGUUUGGAUUCUAUGUAUGGAUGCAUCUUAGUACAUGGAUGUUUAGCAGCAGCUACAGAAGGAUGGUGGAAUUUAAGUCCUAUUGAAAGAAAAUUAUUAAUAACUGCCGUUAAUACAGAAGAUACCUAUAGCACAAGAGACAUUCCAGUAUUUUUACCUUAUAAAAGUCCAAAUGUAGCUUUUAGAUUAGUAUCCAUUACAUUGAUCAAUCAAGUUGAAGUGUUAGCCUUAUGUGGACCAAAUCCAGAUUUAUCAGAAAUUGAAAGAUUUGCUGUACAAUGUUGGAAAAAUAGCAUUGAUGCUUUACACAGUGCAGAACAAUGUUACCCACGAAAUUUGCCUGCAUCUAUAAAUUUAGAUUCAGAAACACUUGGGUUUCUUUUAGUAAAUUACAAGAUACAAAAAUUUAUACUUGGAAAAAAUAUGCAGUAUGCAAAGAACAGAGUUAGUGGUUCACAUAGAUUAGAUAUAUUAAGAACUUUCUAUCAUCAAGCUGUAGAGACAUAUAUUUUAUCUUCAGACUCUGAAUGUGAUAUGACAGAUGAUAAUUGGAAAUUUAUUGGUGUAAAAGAAACUUAUCUAUGUUCAGAGUACCAUAAAUGUUAUGCAGUUAAAUAUGGAGAUCAUAUACUUUGCAUUUUAUGUGCCUCUACAGUCCCUACUCAUACAGUGAGAUUAGUUUGUCAAAAAAUAUUGAAGACAUUGCUUAUUGAUAAACAAGGCUGUUGGUAAAAAUUUGUCAAAUAUAAAAACAUAUCAAUUUCUCUUUGUGAUAUUUUAUUUUAGCUUCUUUGUAUCAGCCUAGUUUAUAUAUAU